AUGCUUGACACUGGACCUCCUGUUUACACCUAUUUCGUUCUGGUCGCAGGAUAUACCUACGAGACAAGAGUCUCAUCGGUGAAGCUUCUUUUGCCGACUGUCACUGGCUAUGCUGUGCGCAGUGAUAUUAUCGAAAGACGAUUCCUCACCUGUCAGCUAGCCGACAAGGUCGCAGACUUUACCGCCCCGAGACAGCAUAUCCAAGCUUUUGAGUACAACAAGGGCUUUUCUUUUCAAUACGCAUUGAGUACAGCCGUUGGCGCCAUAUAUCUCAAACAUCUGCCCGGUCCUGAUAGAGGACUUGUCGAGCGUGCUAUGGCUUCGUUGGAAGCGGAUGUUAGAGCUCGACUGUCUUUCCCCUGGAUCGUCGACAAGCCUUUGCCCAGAAAGCGACUGGCGCUAGUUGACGGUAAACCCUACCCAGAUGUGUCAACAGCGCCGCUGGGCAUCUAUCGCGCCGCAAAGACACUUGGUAUCGAGCUCGUGGUGAUUGACCGCGAAGGUCACUGGACAGGAGGCGCAGCCGGUGACGAGUGGUGCGACGAGUUUAUCCCCUGCGAUCUGACACUGGAUGACGGCUUGCCAGAUCGAAUUGCUGCUGCUUUAUCCAUCAGCAAAGCUCCAAUAGAUCACAUCACGACGUACUCCGACAAGCUACUCCCUGACACUGCAAAGGCGGCUGAGAAGGUGGGAAUGUUUACAAGCCCGGCCGUGUCGAUGGAUAUUUGCCACAAUAAGCGAAGAACGCGCGAGUUUGCGCCCCCAGUCGGCUUCCAGGUCCUCGCUUUGAAAGGCGUCGCGGAUCUGACGAGGCAGCUGGCCUCCCUGACCUCUCCACUAGAGUAUCCUCUUAUUGUCAAGCCGAUUAUUGGAUACUCCUCUGAGGGUGUCACCAAGGUCUCAUCAGAGUCACAACUCUUUGAUGCUGUGCGUAGAAACGAAGAAACGUUUCCCGACAUUGGCAGUCUCAUAGAGCCGUACAUAUCGGGGCCAGAGGUGGAUGCAAACUUUGUGCUCAUGGACGGAGAGCUUGUUUGGGGCGAGAUAAACGAUGACUUCCCUUCCCACGCGGAAAUUUCUCGAAACGACGUUAGAGGGUAUGACAAACGUAUAUCGCCGUCGGUACUUCCUUCGCAGGUCUCAGCACCAACAUCAGCGCUGCCUCACUCAUUUGCUGAGCUGUCAACGAUAAUGCCAUCGAUAUUGCCCGAGCAGGAAAUCGCGCUGCUGAAGUCGCAACUGACUGAAACCCUCUUCGCGCUUGGUUUCAAAAACGGUGUUUUUCAUCUGGAGGCAAGAGUGCAAAACAGCAAGAUGGAGUAUGCCAUGACUUCAAGUGGUAUGGAACUAUUGCAGUCUCGGUCGGACAUGGGCAACGCCUCUAAACCAAAGGUGUUUCUCAUCGAAAUCAAUCCAAGAGUUCCAGGCCACCAGGAAACAUUUGCAGUUGAAUACACUUAUGGGAUUGACUACUUUGUCAAUCACAUGCUCGCUGCCCUGUCGCCAUCUGCUUCUGCACCGCAAAAUGACGAUGACCACCUGGCGUUAAAAGCUGUAAUUCGCUCGCUGAGCCACCCGUUGCCAGAACGCGUCCAGUUUCCCACACACGUGGUCUUCAUCCCACUCAACCGAGGCGGAACCUUUGUGAGUGCAAAGCUGCCCCCAGAGGAACUGAUGCAAUAUGUUCCCGAGCAUUUCGUCUUCAUGAAGGCUGGCGAGGUGUGUCAAGAUCCGGCAAAGGACGGAAAAUGGCCAUUCGUGGCCUAUUUCCAGGUGGUCGCAACCCUGACCGGGGCUGAAGGGCGCGCUCAGGCUAGGACGAUAGGAGAGUUGGUUAGGGAGUCUUUCGAGUAUGCAAUGGAAUGA